ACAUUGAUUUAUCCACCCUGUCUGCCUCCCCCACACUUCGGUUCCCCACCCCUUCAUCUCCUUCUUCCCAAUUCUUUCACACUCUCUCAUUUUUAGCCUUUUAAAUUUUAAAUUUUUGCAGAAAUAUCCUCAUAAAAAACCCAAGUUCAAAAAAUAAAAUAAAAUAAAAAUCUUCAUCCACAGGGGUGUGUGUACGCAGGCAUUGCUGGAAGUGAGUUGUUUUGUACUCGAAUCCCAGUUGAUUUUUGCUCUUCUUGAUGUAGUUUAGUAAAAGGUUUUCUUAGCAUUUUCCUCGUUGACAACGAUCGAAGACACGAUUGCAGAUUUCAACGCUGUUUUACGUAAUUUUUUGUUUCGAAAUAACGGUUCCUCGAAAAUCAGUGUAGUUGCAAAUUUAUCGAAAAUAAAGCUCAGUGUUUCAGUUGAAAGUCGAAGCCAAUUCUUCUAUUGUAGCUGAUGAAGCUCCAAAUACAAUUUCAAGCUCUCUUACUAUUUGUCGGAGUUCUCGUCAAUAGUGUUGGUGCUUACAUUGGAGUAAACAUCGGAACCGAUGUCACAAACCUACCGCCACCUGUCGAAAUAGUCGCAAUCCUCCGGGCCCACCAAAUAACACACGUCCGCCUCUUCGACUCCGACGCACGAAUACUAAAUGCUCUCUCCGCCACCGGAAUCCAAGUCCACGUCAGCGUCACAAACCAAGAGGUCCUCGGAAUUGGAGAGUCCACUUCAGCAGCCGCCACCUGGAUCUCCAAAAACAUCGCCGCCUACCUCCCCUCCACCAACAUCACCGCCAUCUCCGUCGGCAGCGAAGUGCUAACUUCACUACCGAACGCCGCCCCUAUCUUAUUCUCUGCGAUGAGCAACCUCCAUAAAGCCCUCGUGGCAUCGAACUUAAAUGACAGAGUCAAAAUCUCGACCCCGUUUGCGAUGGAUGUAAUCCCUAACCCUUUCCCCCCUUCCACCGCUAACUUCAAUUCGACUUUCAACACCACCAUCUUCCAAAUCCUCCAAUUCUUGAAAAACACAAAAUCUUUCUACACGGUGAACGCGUAUCCGUACUACGAGUACGUGAAGAGCAACGGAAUAUUCCCGUUGGAAUAUGCUCUUUUCAAACCGCUGUCCUCGGUCAAACAAAUAGUUGACCCCAACACGCUUUUCCACUACGACAACAUGUACGACGCCUUAAUCGACGCCGUUUACAAUUCCAUAGCCGCUUUAAACUUCUCGGGAAUUCCCGUCGUCGUUACGGAAACCGGCUGGCCGUGGUUCGGUGGGGCCACCGAGCCGGACGCUACUCUGGGCAAUGCCGAGACUUACAUUAAUAAUUUAAUCAGGCGGGUGGCGAAUGAAUCGGGACCGCCCAGUCAGCGCUCGUUUCCGAUCCAUACGUACAUUUACGAGCUGUUCAACGAGGAUAAGAGAGGCGGCGAUGUGUCGGAGAGGAGCUGGGGUUUGGUUUUCGCUAACGGCAGCACAGUGUACGAUUUGAGUUUGAGCGAUGGUAGUGAGGAUGAUGUGAAUGGUUCGGUUUCGGUUUUUUGUAUAGCGAGACAGGGCGCUGAGGAGAGCGGGCUUAGGGAUGGGAUUAAUUGGGCAUGUGGGCCCGGUCGGGCCAACUGUGGGCCCGUUCAGGAAGGGCGGGCUUGCUACAUGCCGGAUACGUUGCAGAAUCAUGCUUCGUUUGCUUAUAAUGAUUACUAUCAGAAGAUGAGGGGCGCCGGUGGAACUUGCGAUUUCGGGGGCACUGCUGUAAUAACAAGUGUUGAUCCUAGUUACGGAUCUUGUAGAUUUACGGGAAGUUCGAAUUCGAGCACAAGCGGGCCAUUUCCAUCGCCAGCGUUUGGGCCGGUAGGCCCGUCAUCAGGGAGCUCAAGAAAUGUAGAUAUUUUUCGUUUCGGUAUUUUAUUUGCAGUGAAUGCUCUUCUCUAUUUGCUUGGUGUGAAUACCAGAGACAUUUUGUAGCUUUGAAUUGUGAUUUAUUUUUUUGUGGGGAGGGAUGUGUUAGAAGCCAUUUUCACACACUCAACGGUAUUUUGGAGAAAUUCGUGUUUGUUUUGAUUUGAUUUGAUUUGAUGGACUUGAAAAUGAAUACAUUGUCUCAUCUUCAUAA